UCCUGGAUUGUAGCCGGUGAUCGGUGUUUUGUUGCAGUCCGAAAGCGAGAUGACGUGCAGAGCAGACAUGGCACGCCGGGAGCACCAAGGCAGUGUUGUCUGUAUGUGACACCAAAUGAGCUGUUAAUGAUAAUCUCCUGCUUAAGGACACCCACUUGAAAUUACUUUCUUGGUGCUUUUCUGCACAACAUUGCCAUGGAGCCAGAAACUCAGAGGAAAACACUAGUUGCCCACACCAAUGGACUAACUAAGACUUCAGCACUGCCCUCAAAACCCAAGGCAUCAAAAAAGCUGAUUAUCAAAAAUUUUAAAGAUAAACCGAAGCUGCCUGAUAAUUACACUCAGGAUACCUGGCAGAAGCUCCAAGAAGCAGUAAAUGCCAUAGUGAGCAGCACUUCCAUAAAGUACAAUUUAGAAGAGCUCUAUCAGGCUGUGGAAAACUUGUGUUCCUCCAAAGUGUCUCACACACUGUACAAACAGCUGCGCCAAGUAUGUGAGGAGCAUAUGAAGGCUCAAAUCCAUCAGUUCAGGGAAGAAUCUCUUGAUAGCUUUUUAUUUUUAAAAAAGGUUAACCUGUGCUGGGAAGAUCAUUGUAGGCAAAUGAUCAUGAUCCGGGGCAUUUUCCUAUUCUUGGAUCGAACUUAUGUUCUUCAAAAUUCCGUGCUUCCCUCUAUAUGGGAUAUGGGUUUGGAGCUUUUUCGCUGUCAUGUUAUAAGUGACAAACUAGUUCAGACAAAGACAAUUGAAGGCAUCCUCCUCCUCAUUGAGAGAGAGCGUUCUGGGGAAGCUGUGGACCGAAGCUUGUUGCGAAGUUUACUUACAAUGCUAUCUGACUUACAAAUGUACAAAGAUUCAUUUGAAGCAAGAUUCCUGGAAGAAACAAAUUGCCUAUAUGCAGCCGAAGGGCAGAGACUAAUGCAAGAAAGUGAGGUUCCCGAGUAUCUCCAUCAUGUGAACAGGCGCUUGGAAGAAGAGUCAGACCGUGUAAUCACAUACUUGGAUCAUGGGACACACAAACCUCUGAUAGCUUGUGUAGAGAAACAGUUGCUGGGAGAGCACUUAGCCGCCAUCUUGCAAAAAGGUUUGAAGAACAUGCUGGAUGAAAACAGAGUUCCAGACCUGAAACUUAUGUAUCAGCUUUACAGUCGGGUCAAAGGUGGUCAGGCAAUCCAGCUGCAACACUGGGGGGAGUAUAUUAAAAGCUUUGGGAGUUCAAUAGUAGUGAAUCCAGAAAAAGACAAAGAUAUGGUUCAAGAAUUACUGGAUUUCAAAGAUAAAGUGGACCAUAUAAUUGAUGUCUGCUUCAAGAAGAAUGAAUUAUUUGUCAAUGUGAUGAAAGAAUCCUUUGAGACAUAUAUUAACAAGCGAGCUAAUAAACCAGCAGAACUUAUAGCGAAAUAUGUUGAUUCUAAGUUACGCUCUGGAAACAAAGAAGCCACUGAUGAAGAACUUGAAAGAUUCCUUGAUAAAAUUAUGAUCAUUUUUAGAUUUAUUCAUGGGAAGGAUGUGUUUGAGGCAUUUUACAAGAAAGACCUUGCUAAAAGACUGCUGGUGGGAAAAAGUGCAUCCGUUGAUUCAGAGAAAUCUAUGGUGUCAAAACUAAAGCAUGAGUGCGGUGCGGCUUUCACUAUUAAGUUGGAAGGAAUGUUUAAAGAUAUGGAGCUCUCUAAAGAUGUGAUGGUUCAUUUCAAACAGCAUAUGCAGAAUCACAGUGACCCAGGCAACAUUGACUUAACUGUCAACAUACUGACUAUGGGAUACUGGCCAACCUAUACACCCAUGGAUGUGCAUUUACCUGCAGAGAUGGUGAAACUUCAGGAAAUAUUUAAAACCUUUUACCUGGCAAAACACAGUGGCAGAAGACUACAGUGGCAGUCAACAUUAGGGCAUGCGGUAUUGAAGGCAGAGUUUAAAGAUGAAAAAAAAGAGCUCCAGGUGUCUUUAUUUCAGACACUGGUGCUGCUUAUGUUCAAUGAGGGAGAUGAAUUCAGUUUUGAAGAUGUGAAACUGGCUACAGGAAUAGAGGAUAGCGAGCUCAGACGGACUCUGCAGUCACUGGCAUGUGGGAAAGCCAGAGUACUAAAUAAAAUACCGAAGGGUAAAGAUGUGGCGGAUGGAGACAAGUUCAUGUUUAAAACAGACUUCAAGCACAAGUUAUAUCGGAUUAAAAUCAACCAGAUUCAAAUGAAGGAAACGGUGGAAGAACAGGUUACUACGACAGAGCGAGUUUUCCAGGACAGACAGUACCAGAUCGAUGCAGCUAUUGUACGCAUUAUGAAGAUGAGAAAAACUCUUGCACACAAUCUUCUUGUGUCUGAGCUUUUUAAUCAGCUAAAAUUCCCUGUAAAGCCCGGAGACCUAAAGAAAAGGAUUGAGUCCCUAAUAGACAGAGACUACAUGGAAAGGGACAAACAAGACUCCAAGCAUUACCAUUAUCUUGCAUAAGGAGCAUGCUGAGGGCUUUUAUAGUGCAAUAAAUAGAUACAUAAUCAGCAUUCAUCUACUGUAUUGUUUAAUGUUAAAGCAGUUGUUUUGAGAUCUCAUUAUUAAGCCUUAGUAAUGUCAAUCUAGUGUUUUUUGGUUGUUUUGAAUGUUUAAAGAAUGUUUUAUCAGUUAAUUUGACAUACAUGUAAACAAUAUUUCUUUCUGUUUCUCUCAUCUGCAGUGACAUGUAUCAAUUUUAAUAUUUUUUUUGAUUCUUGCAUUGUUUUGGCUUAUAUUGUAUAUAACCACUGCAUCAGUUGAUAGGCCCUUAAUGCUGCAAUGUUUAUUACUAGCUGAAAUAAUGCAGGUUAACCUAUCCUAUAUCCCUAAUUGGUAUAAACCAGCUACUUCCAUUUCUCCUAUAACCCAUCUGCUUAACUGCCUGUUGCAUUGCAGAAUACAGAAGAACCACAGACAAUAACGCAGUUCGUUUUUGAAGGAAGCAUUUUACUUGAUGCCAAUUAUAUACUGUGGCAUGUAGAAAAAGCUUCCAUUUGCCAAUUCGAUUCUAAAAUGUCCAGCCUCCUUUCUUUUUCUUUUUUUUUUUUUUUUUUCUUUUAAGUCACAUAAAGAUGACAGAAGCAGAAUCUCCAUGCUGGCACAGGGGAUGAAUUGCCAUUUCUGAUGCCACAACAUUGCAAAUGUAUUCCUAGUUGAGGAGUGUAUGAACACAGCCGUGUUUAAGAUUUGUUCCCUGUGGGUGAUUAAUUAAGGUCACUCCUACUUUCCACACUAGAGCAUUCUGAGAGAUCAUCAUACAAGUCUUUUUACACGUAGUGAACAUUAUUGCUGCCUUCAGGUUCAUUGACCUUAAUUAAUCAUCACUAACAGUGCACUUUGUCAGAUUGUUAAAAGGAAAGCUUUCUAAUAAAUAAGUUGUUGUGGAUAUUUUCUAAAAAGCUUUCAAUAUGCAAUUUAUUUAGGGCAAAAGAUGUUUGAAUGAGGACAUUUGUACAAUGUUAAAAAAAUGAGUAUUUGCAUUUGCUAAUAAAAGCUAUUUAAGGCA